AUGCCGUUUUUUGAAGACCCCUCGCUUGCCGCUGCGCAUGAAGAAGCUGCUCGUCAUGGUGACUCUCGUCAACCGGAGGAAGUUCAGCACCAUUACAUUUGUUACGUGAACAAAGAUGGGACGCUUUUUGAAAUAGGUUAUGAAGUAGUUUUUUCCCCUUUUUUUCUCACUUUUCAUAUAAACUUUGUCGUGUUCAGAUUCUCGAGCUCCAUUUCCACGUCCUAUUGGCGUGACCAGUGUUUUCUGUUUUCCAAAAUGUCAAUGCCACAAUGGCGAGCGCUUGAAUCUAACCCGGAUACUAUUAAUGCGUCUUCUUAUUUUUUAAACAGGAAAAUUGGUGUCUGGUGGUUGCCAAUCAAUAGUUUUCAGUUUAUGAACAAAAUUGGUGUGCAUGGCGUUGAAUGUGUUGAUGUCUUUUCGUUCGAGCCAGAAAUGUUAGAUUUUAUCCCAAGUCCACAACUAGCACUCAUACUUUGUUUUCCUGAGAGAGAAGGAAAGGUACCUCUUCAAACCGUAUAUGAUGCCCUUCUUGCGUCCGGAGCGAAAGCUCCCGACAAUGUAUUUUUCAUGAAGCAAAAGAUUGGGAAUGCCUGUGGCACAUUCGCUUUAUUCCAUUCCCUCGCCAAUCUCGAAGGAGUCAUUGAUCUAGGCAAUGGGUCUUUUCACAAUUGGUUGAAGGAAGCCAAAGAGUUAUCAACGGAGGAACGUUCAGAUUCUCUUUUGAAAAGUGAGCUUUUUGAUGGACUAUUUGGAAUUCAUACUAUAGUAUCAGAUUCCAAAUUCAGUCGAGGAUGUCAUAAGUUUUUCCAAUGA